AUGUCUUUUUCUCUUUCAGUCUUUUUCUCUUUCUGCCUUUUUGCUUUUUGUCUUUCUCUGUUUUUUGUCUUAUCUUUCUGUCAUUCUCUCUUUCUUUUUGUCUUUAACUUUCUGUUUUUUUUUUUUUUUUUUUUUUUCACUUCUUGUCUUUUUGUCUUCUGUCGUUUUGCUAUUUGUCUUUUUCUCUUUCUAUCGGUUUUUCUUUGUCUUUUGGCUUUUUUCUUUCUGCCUAUUUAUCUUUCUCUUUAUUUUUUCCUUUCUCUGUUUUUGCCUUUGUGUUUCUAUUUUCUUCACUUUCUUCAUUUUUAUGUCACCGUUUUGGGAUUUUGGGCUUUUUUCUUGGUUUUUCUAUCUUUUUCUCUUUCUGUUUUUUUUUGUCUUUUUCUCUUUCUACCAUUUGUCCAUUUUUCUUUCUGUCUUUCUCUCUUUUCGUCGUUCUGUCUUUUUGUCUUCUUCUCUUUCUGUAAUUUGUAUAUUUUUCUUUCUUUCUUUUAUUAUUUUCAGUGUUCCUAUCAUUUUCUAUUUUCUGUAAUUUUUGUCUUACUGUUUUUUUUCUUUUACUUUUUUUGCUUUUGUUUUUUCUGUCUUUUUCUCUUUCUGUUUUUGUUCCUUUUUGAUUUUUUUUCCUUUUCUGUCUUUUCGCUUUCUGCCUUUUUCUUUCCCUCUUUGUGUAUUUUUUUUAAUUUUUUCUUUAAGUCAGUUUGUCUUUCUGUCUUUCGUUUUUUAUCUUUGUCUUUCGUCUUUUUUGUCUUUGUUUAUUUGUCUUCGUCUUUCUGUAUUGUGCCUUUCUGUCUUUCUGGCUUUUUUCUCUUUCUCCCUCUUUCUAUUUCUCUUAUUUUCUCAUUCUGUCCUUUUGUCUUUCUCUGUCGUUCUAUUUGUUUCUUUUUUCUCUCUUUCUGUGUUUCUGUCUUUUUAAUCUUUUUUCUCUUUUUGUGUUUCUGUCUUUUUAAUCUUUUUCUCUUUCUGUGUUUCUCUCAUGCUGUCUUUGUCUUUUUAUCUUUUUGUCUAUCUGACUUUCUGUUUUAUCUUUCUGUCUGUUUCCCUUUCUAUCUAUCUAUGUGUAUUUCUCUUUCUUUCUUACUCUCGUUUUUGUUUUUUUUUUCAGCUACUGUCUUUUUACAUUUCUCUCUUUUUAUAUUUAUAUCUUUUUGUCUGUCAGUUUUUUAUUCUUUGUUCUAUUGUCUGUCAGUUUUUUAUUCUUUGUUCUAUGCAUUUUUGUCUUUUUUUGUCUGUUUUUUCUGUCUUUUUAAUUUGUAUUUUUGUCUCUCUGUUUUAUUCUCUUUCUGUAUUUUGAGUUUUUUUCUUUUUCUUUUUGUCUUUCUCUUUCUAUCCUUUUCAUUUAUGUCUUUUUCUCUCUUUGUGUCAUUUUGUCUUUUCCCUUUCUGUCUUUCUCUCUUUUUACCCUUUCUCUCUCUAUAUUUUUCUCUUCUUGUCUUUUUGUUCCUGUCUUUUGUCUUUUUCUCUUUCUCACUUUGUCUCUUUUCGCUUUCUGUGUUUUUAUCUUUGGCUUUCUACCUUUUCCUUUUCCUUUUCCGUCAUUUUCCAUUUCUAUCUUUUAGUUUCUCUGUUUUUCAGUCUUUUUGUAUCUUUGUCUUUCUGUCUUUUUGUAUUUUUGUCUUUCUGUCUUUUUGCCAUUAUCUUUCCAUCUUUUUUCUCUUUCUGUCUUUUUUCGCUUUUUUUCAUUUUGUCUUUCUAUCAUUUAUUUCUCUCUCUUUCGCUCUCUCUCUUUGUAUCUUUUUGCAUUUUUCUCUUUCUGUCAUUUUGUCCUUCAAUUUUUUUUUGUUUUUUUUUUGUCUUUCUAUCUUUUUGUCUUAUUGUUUUCUGUCCUUAUCUUAUUAUUUUUUUUCUCUUUCUGUCUUUACGUUUUUUCUGUUUUUGUUUUUUAUGUUUUGCCGUUUUCACUUUCUUUUUCUCUUUCUGUUUUUGAGUCUUUUUGUAUAUCUGUUUCUUCUGUCUUUCGGUUUUUUCCACACUUUCCAUUUGUCAUUUUUUUUCAUUCUGUCUUUUGAUUUUUCUCUUUCUCUGCUUCUUUUUGAUUUUUUUCUCUUUCUGUGUUUUUCUCUUUUUUCUUUUUGUCUUUCAAUAUUUUUGUCCUUUUCUCUUUCUGUCUUUUUUUUGUCAUUUUCUCUUCCCUCCUUUUUGUCUUUAUGUAUUUUGUCAUUUUCUCUCUUUUUCUCUCUCUCUCUCUUUCUUUGUGUACUUUUGCCUUUUUCUCUUUCUCUCUUUUUCUCUUUCACUUUUUUCUCUGUGUGGUUUUCUGCUUUUUUAUCUUUUUGCCUUUUUUGUCCAUUUCUCUUUCUGUAUUCUCGUUAUGUAUUUCUGUCUUUCUCUCUCUGUUUCUUUCAUUUUUUCCUUUUUUUGUCUUUUGUCUAUCAAUCUUUUUUUCAUUUUCACUUUCCCUCUUUUUCUUUUUCUGUUUUUGAGUCUUUUUGUAUUUCUGUUUUUUUUUUUGUUGUUUUUGUCUUUCAAAUUAUUUGUCUUUCUAUUUUUUCCUCCCUUUCCAUUUGUCAAUUUCUCUUUCUGUCUGUUGUCUUUUUCGCUUUCUCUGCUUCGUUUUGUAUUUUUCUCUGUCUGUUUUUUUGCUCUUUGUCUUUUUGUUUUUUUCCUCUUUCUGCCUCUUUGUCUUUCUGUGUUUUGUCAUAUUCUCUUUUUUCUCUUUCUUUCUUUGUAUAUUUUUUUCUUUUUCACUUUUGCCUUUUUGUCUUUCUGCUUUUUCUCUUUCACAUUUCUUGA